AGUUUUACAAGAGCCUUUCAACUGGGCUAAAAGACAUCAUAUGGAAGACAGGAGAGCAGAUCAAGGAGGAGGAAGAAAGCGGCUAGCUCUUGCUAGUCCUGCAAUCAUGUGAUUGCAUACCUGUCCUUUAAGGCAUGAAGAAGAUGGGUAUUCAAGGUAAAUGGUUGUGGAUGAUCACGGUAUCAAUGUUGAUCAUCGGGUUUCAAGUCUACGCCUGUUGGGAGCAAGAAAGGACCGCUCUCUUGUUCUUAAAAGCAACAGCAGAAAACUCUGAUCGGUUUUUUGAUUGGAAUGAUGACAGAAAAAGUGAUUGUUGUAAAUGGGAUGGAGUUACUUGUGCAGCCAAUAAACGUAUUAUCUCUCUCUCACUCGGCUUCAGGUUUGAAUCAGAAAAAGGAUGGCAUUUUAAUGUCUCAAAUUUCCUUCCUUUUCAACAACUUCAAGGGCUUGACCUCAUGCUUAAUUCAGUUGCAAGUUGGACAAGGGAUAAAGGUUCGAAAAAGUUAUCAAGCCUUCAAAACCUUGUAUCUCUGAAUUUGACUGCUUGUAAUCUGACAAACAGCGUUUUAUCAGAGCUGAGUGGUUUUCCAUCACUUAAGUAUCUAAAUCUUGAAGCAAACCAACUGAUGGGUUCAAUUCAACUUCAUGAUAUUGAGGCCAUCAGUAAGAAUCUAGAAGAGCUAUACUUGAGAAACAACUAUAUUAGUAGCAUCCGGAAUGAUAAUGAUUGUGUACAAAAGCACAAGUUUCAAAAACUUCAAGGGUAUGGUAAUACUUCAUGUUUCAGUGGCUUACCAUCACUACGAGUGUUGGAUCUCUCUUACAAUAAACUUGCUGGAGAAAUUCCCUUAUGGUUACAAAACCUCACAACUCUAGAAACUUUAGACCUCAGUGAGAAUCAAUUUGUAGGAAAUAUUGGUUCAUCUUCUCUAGUUCAUGUCCUCUCUCUUGAAUACCUCGCACUAUCAAACAAUCAUCUUGUAAUCCCAGGUUCAUUCCAAUCAUUUGCAAGCCACACAAAGUUGAAAUACUUUAUUGCAGACUCCAACCACUUAGUCCAUGAAGUCUCAAAUCGGGAUAUCCAACCUUUCACCCAUGGACUACACAUCCUUAGUUUGUCAAACUGUGCACUCUUUGCAUAUCCUCGCUUCCUUUAUGACCAACGGGACUUGAGGAUAAUUGAUCUUUCAGAUAAUACAUUGCACGGGGAAUUUCCUCUAUGGAUUUUAGAGAACAACUCAAGACUGGAUACACUAAUCCUUAGAAAUACAUCACUUUCUGGAUCACUCCAGCUAUCUUCUGUAAGUAGUCAUGCCAAUAUCAACCUAAUAAACAUUGCCCAAAAUAAGUUACAAGGACAUAUACCAGCAAACAUAGCUGUGGUAUUUCCUAAACUUAUUCAUUUGGACUUGUCAAACAAUGCAUUUGAGGGAAAUAUACCGUCAAUCCUCUGUGACUUAAAGUCCCUUGAGAUAUUGCAUUUGUCAAAUAAUCAUUUAUCAGGAGGGAUAGAGCACAUAUCCAAAAGCUGCAUCAACUUAAUAAGUCUUGAUCUGUCUAACAACAAUUGUAGAGGAGAGCUUCCAACUUUUCAGAGCUUAUCAAAGUUGCAAUCCCUGAAUUUGCAAGGAAAUUACUUUUCUGGUGAGCUCAAAAGUAUCAUGUUUGGUCCAAGUCAAACCUUAACCACUCUCCUUCUAAGUAAUAAUUCUCUGGAAGGUAGUAUUCCAAAUGAGUUGUGCAAUGUUUCCAAGUACCCGAGCCUAACAGUGUUAGACCUAUCAUUUAACAAGUUAAAUGGAGCUCUACCAAAUUGCUCAAUUAGUGUAUUCUAUCUCCUUUUGAACAACAAUAGACUGAGUGGACAAAUUACUGAUUCAUUUUGUAACAAUUCUUGGUUGGUGCAUUUGGAUCUGAGCAACAAUGACUUGAGUGGCCAUAUUCCAACUGCAGUUGGUAAUCUCACUAACCUGAAUAUUCUACUCUUGAAAGGAAAUCAAUUUUAUGGUCAAGUCCCCGUUGAGUUGUGCAGGUUGCUUAACUUGAUUGUAUUGGAUCUAUCCUCCAAUAGCUUGUAUGGCCAUAUACCAGCUUGCCUUGGACAAAUAAGUUUCGACAGUUCUGACUCUGGUUUUAAUAGUAUGGGUUUUUCUUUUAGCACCGAAAUACCAAUAGGUAUAUUGGCUCAUAUGAUCACAGCUAAAGGAGAUUCGACUCAUAAUAUAUUUCAUGAUAAGGUGGAGAUUACGACAAAGAGUAACACUUAUAGUUACAUAGGUGACAUGCUUCUUUACAUAUCCGGGAUUGAUCUUUCCUGCAACAGACUAACAGGACAGAUACCAGACGAGCUAGGUAAUUUGAGCAACCUUAAUGCGUUGAAUCUAUCUCAUAAUAAAUUGUGGGGUUCUAUUCCAACAACUAUUUCAAACCUUUACAAGUUAGAGAGCUUGGAUUUUUCAUAUAACCACCUCAAUGGAAGCAUCCCAACUUCGCUUACAACAUUGAAUUCUUUGGCGGUGUUUAAGUUCAGUUUUCAACCUUUGAUGCCAGCAGUUACCAAGGAAAUAUCUUCCUUUGCGGAGGUCCUCUAUCCAUCAAGUGUAGUACAAAUGAUUCACCCUCCAUCACAAAUACAACUGCAUCCAAAGAUGGUUGGGUUGACAAGCAAACAUUUUAUGUCAGCUUUUCGGUAUCUGCUGCAACUAUGUUUCUUGCAGUUGUGAUAAUUUUACUGAUUAACCCUCAAUGGCUAAAUGCAUUGUUUUAUCUUGUCAAAGAAUGCUCCCUUUCCAUCUACUACUUCUUCGAAGAUGGUUUUAGAAAGUACCUUUUUAAUGCAUGUUCAAGUACUACAUACUGAUUACCGAAUAGUAUCAAAUAAUUAUGUAUGUAUCAUUUA